CUCUAAGUACGAGAUAUUCCGCGCUGUUGACACCAGCCAGAUCCCUCGCCUCUGUUCAUUCUUGGUUUCAUUGUAUUUGGAGUCGAACCGGUAUCGGAUGGCUGCUGGGUUUCGUCCAGGUUUAGGCAACGCUGACAUCUGAUCUGCGUUGCACAGCCUUUGAAGCAGAAGCCGCCAACCCCUCUUCAUUGUCAAUUUGUGAAGCCCUCACAACAAUCGUGCCUAUCCUAACCUCCUAGCACCAUGGCGUUCCUAUUUUCUAGGAAUAAACAGAAACCGACCAUGGAGCUGGUACGGACAACCAAAGAACUCAUCCAAAAGCUCAUUGGAGAGGAGAAGGCGGGCUCAAAGGUUGAAGAAGAGGUAGCACGAAAUAUAAGUCAGAUGAAGUUGAUAUUGCAAGGGACGCAAGAAAUCGAAGUCAGCCCCGACCAAGUCCAGCAACUUGUCAGCCUCCUGAUCUCCGAAGAUCUACUACUUCUCCUAGCGAACCACAUUCACCGUGUCCCAUUCGAAACGAGAAAGGACACACAGAUGAUCUUCUCACAUACUUUCCGAUUCAAACCUCCAGGAUCCGAAGCUAGCGAACCUCAAGCCCUUCACCACGUUAUAUCCAACCGACCGGAAGUGAUUAUUGCUCUUUGCAAUGGAUAUGAGAGAAGAGAAAGCGCAAUGCCAUGCGGAGGAGUGUUACGGGAAGCGUUAAGAUAUGACGCGAUAGCCGCUUUGAUCCUAUAUGACGAACGGGAUCAAAAUCGACCACAAGGAUUGCGAUCGGUCGACCCAUCCCUUCCCUCCAGCGGGAAUGGUGUGUUUUGGAAAUUCUUCGACUGGAUAGAUAAAGGGGCAUUCGAAGUCAGCGCGGACGCUUUCAAUACGUUCAGGGAUAUCCUUACUCGGCAUAAAAGCUUGGUCGCGCAGUACCUGACGGUCAAUUUUGAUACGUUCUUCCCCAGAUACAAUAGAAUCCUCAUCCAAUCCGAGAGCUAUGUCACGAAAAGACAAUCCAUCAAACUACUCGGAGAAUUACUAUUGGAUCGAGCCAAUUACAAUGUGAUGACAAAAUAUGUCGACUCAGGGGACCAUCUCAAGAUCUGCAUGAAGCUACUCCUUGACGAACGGAGGAUGAUCAACUACGAAGGAUUCCAUGUUUUCAAGGUCUUCGUCGCCAAUCCAAACAAAUCAUACGAAGUUCAACGGAUGCUCAUCAACAAUCGAGAUCGAUUAUUACGGUUCCUACCAAGUUUCCUAGAUGAUCGAACGGACGACGACCAAUUCAAUGAUGAGAAAAGCUUCUUGAUCCGACAAAUCGAGCUUCUCCCAACAACUGCGCCUCCAAACCCGAGUUGAAGACCUAGAGCGGGUCUCGAUUCACCAGCACACAACCUUCAAGCAUUUCCAGGUGUUAGCGAUUGAUUCUCUGCUUUCUCACCAUGAGGUAUGGUCAACUUUCGCUCUGAAUAUUGAUCCCUCUCUCCCAUUAGGCGUGUGGAGCGAUCAGGGCGCCUUGCUUGUUAUUGUAUGACAACGGAGCUUGACACCAUGGAAAGCGUUGAUUUGCAAAGGCGCAUAUGGUCUAUGUUUUCAUGUACAUAGUAAACAAUCCCGAUCCAACGCAGCGAUGCUAAAAAAUGCUAUCGGUCCUAAGAACGCCCCCAAAGCCCUAUCUAAGCAAUCUCU